GCACUCAUAGUGCUGAGUGGGGGUGCUGUGAGCCACGUGCAGCUGCACACUCCCUGCUACCCGAACACACAUACUCUGAUUUCCCUGGAAGUAGCCGAUCACUAGUGGACUCGCGGAGCAAAGGCAGAGGUAGCUGAACCCCUCACUAGUACGAAAAACGUAUACGUAAGGAUCUCGUGCUGCAUCCCACAUAGAUAAAUGACAUACGAUGAAUAACAAUUAAGGUCACAUCCAGGAAGUUGAUGCAUGAAGUGUGAAAAGUCAAAGCGAAGGAUAGAUUAUAUAGAUUAGAGUAAGUGAAGAAAUAAAAGAAGAAGCCGAAGACAUCCCAAAUAAUAAAAAAGGUUGCACUUUAUAUAAAAUGGCAACACGACUAUUUGAGACGAAAGAACAUGCAUCCUGCUAUCAGAAAUACAGGUUUUCACCACCACAAGAGAUCCAAGACCUCAUCUUAAGCUACCUUGGGGAAAAAUUACCAAAACCCUAUGUGCUUGCCGUGGAUGUUGGCUGUGGGACAGGACAAGGCACCAGAAUAAUGGCUCCUCAUUUUAAAACGGUGUUGGGAACAGACAUUAGUGAAGCCCAAAUAGAGGAGGCCAAAAAAGCACCUGGGUUUUCAAACAUAACAUUUAGUGUGGCUCCAGCUGAGGAAGUACCAGUGAAAGAUGGCUCCGUAGAUCUGUUAACUGCAUGGACUGCUGUCCAUUGGUUCGACACGGAGAAGUUUCUAAAGGAGGUUGAUAGGGUCCUUAAGCCUCAUGGAUGUCUUGCUUUUUUCACCUACCUUCCUGAAGCGGAAGCUCAUUACAAGAACAAAACAGAACAGAUGUCAAAGAUCUUUGCAGAGUCGCAAGAUUUCCUGGAGCCAUAUCAACAUGAAAAAGUUCGUCUUGUCAAGUCCGCUUACAAGGAAAUAUUUGAGGCUAUUCCCUAUACAGACAAAAAAAGGAUAGUUGAUAUGGAUAUGAAGAUCACCAUGACUUUGGCAGAUUUGAUUGGUCUUAUUAAGAGCUUCUCCAUGUUUCAAAUAUUUCAUAGUCAGGAACCUGAGAAAGCAAAUGAAUUCAUUAAGACAACAGAACAAAAGUUCUUGGACGUUAUGGAAGUGUCGUCUAAUGAAACCGAAAUUGAGGUGUGUCUAAAAAACGUGUUGGUGCUGGCUACCAAGCCAAAGUGACCAGAAAGUAUUUCUUCUAUAAUUCACUGCUGGAGUAUUUACUAAAGAAUAUUUCACUGAAGCCAGUUCUCCUGGAUACCUCCGUACAUUCAGUAUUUUACUCUACAUAUAAAGCCCUGUUUUACUUUCCAUUAUCAAUGAAAAAUAUUAAAGGACAAAUGAACGAUUUAA